CAAUUUAGUCGGUACAUGAGCGACAUAGCGAUCGGUUCGUUCGGACGUUGUCGGUUUGUUUUUUCUCGAUCGUUUCGAAAACGUCUGCAGUUAGUGUUGAUUAAAAUUUUGGAGAGUUCUACUGAGAAAAAAAUUGGCCGCCAUCUUGGAUCUCGCCGCCAUCUUGGAUUUCAUCAGAAAAACGUGUUUUUGAGCAAGUUCGCAACCACCGAUUUUGAAUUUGAAAGCAUCAUUGGAAAGCUGAGAAAAAAUGCUUUAAGAUACAUCCUAAACAUCAGAGUAUCACAAUCAGAGAUGAUCAUACGAUCGUAUCUGUUGCUCGCAGGUUUAGCCGUCACCGCACGCUGCAUACUUGUGAAGGCACAACAAUACACCCUCGGCAAGGAGCUGAAAAGGGUUUCGCAAUGGAAUUCGUUGGAUUUUGUGUUCUCUUCGCCGGUGGAAAGGGAAAACGCACUCGCAACCCGUCGAUUUAUUCCGGAAAACUGCGUCCCACUCGAUAUGGAUGUGGAUUACAAUAGCAAUCUCAUGCGGUCACGAGUUUUCGUCACUGUACCACGUUUCAUUGAAGGCAUUCCGGCAACACUUACAACUAUCUCCAGCCACGUGGGAGCUGGGGGACCGUUGUUAGAACCCUAUCCGAAUGCGGCUAUUCAAUCGAAUCCAGAGGACAGUAGGUGUAACGGGAUAGUUUCUGUGUUCAGGACCAUGAUUGACGACUGCAACCGUCUUUGGAUUGCUGAUACGGGAAAAAUUGGAGACCGUCGGAUUUGUUUGCCGAAAAUCGUUGCUUUCGAUCUCCGAACAGAUCAGAUUAUUCAUCGAUAUGAAAUUCCGGCCGCACAGCUUGUGUGUGAUUUAUCGCUUCUAGUUAGCAUAUUGGUUGAUGUGCGUGAUCCGCCCCCGCUAGGAUCUUGUUCGAGAACUAUGAUUUACGUGGCUGAUGUUACUGGAUCGGGAUUGAUUGUUUACGAUAUGUCCCGUGGUAAAUCGUGGCGUGUAACUAACAGGCUAAUGAAUCCCAAUCCGGACUAUGGUACGUUUACAAUCGCAAACGAGAGUUUCGACCUGAUGGAUGGAAUGCUCACCAUGGCGUUAAGUCCUAAGAUUCCUGCUAGUGAUUUCACCUUCAAUUCAGCCUAUGGUAGUUCGAAUUCCUUCAACUCAGCAUUGUUCAAAGAUCGGUUGCUCUUUUUCCAUGCAUUGGCAUCCAUCUCGGAGAAUGCCGUCCGAACGUCGGUGCUGCAUAACGACACCAUGUGGGAGCAAGACGUGGGCGCGAUGCCACGAGCUUUCCGUGUCAUUGGGCGACGAACAACGCAAAGCGCUCCGGAAGCCAUGGACAGUAACGGCAACCUUUUUUUCGGCCUUCUGAGCCAGACGUCGAUUGCGUGCUGGGACGCGACCACAAACUACAAUCCGCACAACUUUCGGAUAGUGUCGCAAAAUCUGGAGACACUGCAGUUUCCUAGCGGCCUGAAGGUUAUCCGCAAUCGGAAGGGUAUUGAGGAGCUGUGGGUACUGACCUGUCGGUUUCAGAAAAUUAUGACCGGUUCGCUGAAUUUCAACGAGACGAACUUCCGCAUACAAGCGAUACAGAUACCGGAACUGUUGGACGGGGCGCGGACGUGCAAAGGCAGUCGGUGAGCGAACGGCAGCGUUUGCUAGCUUAAGACAAUGUGAGUCAAAUUAGAGGUUAAGCACC